UCUUGUUUACGCCAAAGGGGGAGGUCGUCCUAUUCAAUUCUCUUCACCUCCCCCCGCCGAACCCAUUGCUAUAAAAAAGAAGCAUCCCUUUUCCUCUAAAACCCACAUCGACUUUUUCUCUCUUUCUUGCUUCUCCUUCUUCUUCUUGCUUGGUCUCCUUUGUUCUUGUUCUUGUUCCCUUUCUUUUCCUAUAAGAACUCAACAUGGGUCGUUAGAAUUUAGCACAAUUCAAUCGAGCGACUUCACAGUUCGAGGCCGAGUUCGACCAUGGAGAAGUUCAAUUUUGUUAGGAAUGGAGUGAUCAGGCUACCCCCGGGCUUCAGAUUUCAUCCCACAGACGAAGAGCUAGUCCUUCAAUACUUGAAGCGCAAGGUGUUCUCAUGCCCAUUGCCCGCCUCGAUCAUUCCUGAGGUGGAUAUCUGCAAGUACGAUCCUUGGGAUUUGCCAGGUGAUUUGGAGAAUGAGAGAUACUUCUUCAGCGCCAGGGAAGCCAAGUAUCCGAAUGGAAACCGAUCCAACAGAGCAACUGGCUCGGGUUACUGGAAAGCUACAGGCUUAGACAAGCAAAUUGUAGCUUCAAGAAGCAACCAAGUGGUGGGGAUGAAAAAAACACUUGUUUUCUACCAAGGGAAACCUCCCCGUGGAACAAGAACUGACUGGGUUAUGCAUGAAUAUCGCCUGGUUGUCCCCGGAACAACAGUUUGCAUUUCCCCACACCCACAGAGGAAGAACUCGAUUCAAAAUUCCAUGAUUCAAAUGGAGGAUUGGGUUCUUUGUCGCAUAUUUCUAAAGAAACGAAGCACAAAAAGUGAGGAGGAAAUCUCCCAACCCUGCAAGGAGAACAGAGUUCGGAGCCUCGGGAUGGCUAGGCCUAGUUUCAUUGAUUUCAUGAGCAAAGACAGAAUCAAUUCAGUUUCUCCGUCGUCGUCUUCUUCCUCGUCUUCAGCUUCGAGUGGGAUCACCGAAGUCAGUUCUAAUGGUUCGGACCACGAAGAGAGCAGUAGUUGCAAUAGUUUUUCUUCGUCUCCAUGUAGAGAAGAGACCCAUGAAGCUGCUUGAGUUGAGUUUGUAUCAGUAGUUGCCUUCUAGGAAACCCAAUGAGAAUGACCAAUCCGAUUAUUAACUCUAAAUUUUCCAUCACUUCUGUAUGUCUCUUGUUGUCCAUCGUAAUGGUUAAAACCAAGAGAACUGAAAGAAGCAAGAAGAAAUUGGCAUCAAUGGGCUUAUUUGGGGACUAAUUCAAUCAUAUUGUGGGAAUUAAAUUAAUAUCAAUAUUUAGCUACGUGCUUUCGAAUAAAUGCACAAAUAAUUAAAGCA